AUGGCGGGUAAAUCAAAGGCAAGUAAAAAACAGAAAAGCACACAAGGCUUUAUUGGGCGAAGAUAUAAGAAGUUUAGCAAGCAAAAGCAGGAUAAACUAUGUAGCGAUAGCACAUCAAACGCUGCCCAAGGAGAUACUUAUGGGCAUUCUGAUCCAAAUACCGCAACUGGUCUUGUUUGGUACCCCAGCCACUAUGAUCCCGCGUGCAGCCCGCAGCCUUAUCAUCCAAUGGCUCCAUGGACAGUGACCAAUAAUGCCGACCCUCAAUGGUUUGGUCCUCCAAAUAGAGUGGUGUACGCGUCGGCACGAGACGUGGCCAGCCUUAACCAGGCGUAUUGGUCGCCAGUACCAGAUGCCUAUCCAGCAUAUGGCUACCAAGGUCAUCCUCCUCCAUGUAUGAACGGCAGCUGGGACCCAAUACCUGGUAUCCAUGAAAUGAGCACCUGGGAGGGGAACCAAUCACAGUAUGUCCAUUGUAGAAACGACUCUGGCCGGCCUCAGCCUGUCAACGAACCUUCCAGGCUCCGUGGAGAUGCCCCCGAAUUUGUCCCAACACAGGAGCCACAGUCUGAAGUCGAAUCGCGGGAAGAUGGAUUCUCAACAGUUGUACUCGACGAGCCGCAUUCCGAGUAG